AUGGCAGAUCAUUUGACUCCGCAGUUCCGUAGCCUUGCUUUGGGCCAGAUCCAGCUUCCCGGCCCUGGGCGGAACGCAUCGAGCUUCGUAAGCCCUAGAGGCUCCAGGAAAAGAAGGACAGGAUGCUCUGGUCCCUUUCAAGCUACUCAGCUAUGGGAUGGUAUUAUUUACUCCCUUCAAACUCAAGUGGAAAUAAAAAGAAGGAAGCAGAAUUUACAAACAUAAAAGAUUUUUACCGGUUCCUAUGUUGUCAAUGCAGUAUUAAGUCAUCUUAGGCAAAAUAUGUGCCUAAGUAGUAAUGACAUCUCUCGUCUUAAAGGUUUGGAACCAGUAGCAACGAAGCUAUUCAAAAAUGAAGAGGAAUUGGAAUUUGAAGGUUCAAACAAUAGACUCUACAGGCUUCUAGGCAAUAAAUCAUCUUAUGUAUUUUGCAAAAGGAAAAAUAAUUCUGAGACUGGGUUAACUGAUGAAAUAAAAGCAAGGAAACAGUUAAGGUUAGUGUUAACCAAGAUAUUGUAGUAUUUUGUGUUUAGAUGCUGGCAGAACAGUCUUCACUGAGCGAACCUUAAAUAUUCUGCUUUCAAGUUUUUUCAGAAAUUAAUAAAGGAAAUAGUCAUAUAAAUUAAUCUGUUUCAGCAUUUGCUCUAAAACGGUUAUGAGGAAGUGAUCACAUAAAUACUUCAGAAUUUAUACCAGGAAAAACUUUAUCUCCUCUGAUGAAUUGUGUGCUUCCUAGUUUUUGAAAAGUGACUUAACCAAAGUAGAUAAAGUCAAAGUUAUGGAAACUAGAGCAAAAGUCUUCUACUCUGUUAUAGAAACCAUAAUAACCUUAGAAUUAACAUAUGUAUUUUUCCAUUUAUUUACA